UAACCCAAGAUAUUCCUUCUUCUUCAUCUCACUUCUUUGGCCGUUCACCGGCGGCAUCUAACGCGAAGUCGGAGGUCAAGUAACCGGCAGUUCUUCCACUUCCGUUAUGGACAUGGGCGACGAAUCCUGGAGUGGCAACCCUUCGACUCCGAUUGCUGGGCGGGCCAUCAGGCUCAAAAUUCCAUGGACAAUUUCUGCGCCGUGCGGUGGUGGUUCGACAAUCGACAUGACCAGGAAGCUUCAAAACAGUCGGUAACGGUCUUCUUCUUCUCCCUCUUCGACUUGACAUUUCUCGAAGUUUUUGUAAUUCGAUUAGAUUGUACGAUGAUGGAUCAUCUUCACAUUCCCAUUUGCAUUUGGUGUUAGACAUUUACAAUUAGGUUGGUUGCCAAUCUGUGAAACCUCAGAAACCAUCAUCGACUCUCUUGCUCACUUGAUUUGCUAUCCCUCUUGCUCUUCUUUUGUGCCCCUUGCUUUCUUAAUCUGCAUUUGCCGUUCCCAUUCGUGUUCUUGCUUCCCUGUUCUUUUUCCCCUUUAGCUCCCCUGAUUUUCUUUCCCAUGCUUGCUCUUGCUCCCCUGUUCUUUUUCUUUCGCCCAUUUCUCUCGUUCCCUUCCUCCUUUCUCUUGCUUUUACCACUCUUCAUUUGUUCUUGCACUAGCUCUCCUGUUUUUCCCUAUUUUGCGUCAUUUCCCUGAGAUGGCUGAAACCAUUCUAAUCCCUGUCGCCAAACAAAUCCUUGGCAAGGCAGCUGACUUAGCCUUGGAGCAGGUUGGACUCUUGUGGAAUUUCAGACGUGAGCUUCAGAAACUGAAGGACACCAUCUACAGAAUCCAGGCCGUGCUCCGUGAUGCAGCACCACAAUCAUCAAGUGAAAGAUUGGCUUGAGAAGCUCUGAUAUCAUGUAUGAUGCUGAGGACAUGCUCGAUGAUAUUGCUACUGAGGCUCGCAAGAAAGCCGUUCUAGCAGCAGCAGCAGCAGCAGCAGCUAAUGGUGAUGGUGACAGGAGAAGAACGACAACAACUAAUUGUUGGAGUUUGGUCAGCUUUCUGUUCUCCUCACUUCCCAAACAAUUGGCGUACGAUCUUAAGAUGGCUCAUGCUAUCAAGGCUAUUAGGAUGAAGCUUGAUGAUAUAUCGAAAGACAAGGAUAGCUUACAGCUGGAGGUUCGUACUGAGGAAGCUCCUCCUUCCAGAGAGACUUAUUCUUCCCAAAAUCGUGGUUGGGAGGGAAGAUGACAAGAAGAAUGUCAUUCAGCUUCUUCUGAAUUCCAAUCGUGAAGCCAACAUUUCCGUCAUCCCCAUUGUUGGCAUGGGUGGGCUGGGGAAGACCACUCUUUCUCAACUUAUAUUUGAUGACGCCCAAGUUCAAGCUUACUUUGACAUUAAAGCUUGGGUCUAUGUUUCACAGAGUUUUGAUGUCAAAUUGAUUCUUGGAAAAAUGCUACGAUCAAUAGAUUAUGAAAGUCAAGUGGGACCUGGGUUAGAUCAUUUGCAAGCUCAACUCCGAAAAAUUAUAGAAGGCAAAAGGUUUUUGUUUGUAUUGGACGAUGUUUGGGAGGAGACCAACCAAAGUUGGGAAGCUUUGGGAAGAUAUUUGACAGUUGGUGCUCUUGGAAGCAAAGUGAUGUUAACUACUCGAUCCACAAAAGUGGCGGAGGUUGGAGUCGGAGCUCUAAACUCGGAAAUAAGUAUUACCAUCGUGG